AUGUCUCCGCAUCGUGCGCAAUCCCGACCAGGCGCCAAAUGCGAAAGCCGGCUCUCCUCAGAGGAAUCAUCUCCAACUACGGCGCCUGGCAUUAUGAAGCCUGUAUAUGAAUUACGAGACGGUGGCGAGCCCGAAUCUGUUCACGACAACGAUGCUGCUCCUCGGACGCCAAAUGUCUACAUAAAUGGACUUCCGCCGCAUUUUGCGGACGAAAGCCUGUAUCUUAUGACACGCGACUUUGGGAACGUCCUUAGCGUUCGAACAUUCACUCGCUGCGUGGGAGAGAAGAUGAGUGGCUACGGCUUUGUACUCCACGGCUCUUCCGUAAAUGACUCCUGUUGCAAAAGUUUCGACUCUGUUGAGUCAGCUGAACGUUGCAUUGAAACCCUGAGGAAAUACAGAAACCUGCAUCCAUCGUUUUCAAAGGUGAUGCCUUUGCCUCGUACCUCAACUAACGGGAAACCUGAUCGCCUUUAUUCACAGCAAAUCCACAAAAUUCCUGGAACACCAUAUGCGUCCGGUACCAUCACGAUUCCUCCAACUGGCCCUCUUUCUUCGCUUGCGUCUCAACAUUCCAUGUCGACUUUGUCUUCCUUCCCUUCUAUGACUUCAACUCUGGUUUCAUCUACAACCUCUUCUUCCCUGCCCAGUGCGGCUUCGCCUAGCAAAGCGAAUGAUCAUCAUACUGGCGAAUCGGUUUCAACCACAACCAGUUCCGAUUUCAGCGGAAAAGAGAUGAAGGAGCUCAGCUUCCGUGAGAAAAUGGAAAGACUCAAAGAUGAACGAUCAACCAAUCUGUACAUGGAAGGCCUCCCCCUUUCGAUCGAUGAUGUGUCCCUGUCAGCGCUCAUUUCGCCUCACAAGAUUAUUAGCAGCCGCUUCUUUCAGACGAAGUUGUCGAAUCCGCCAAGGAUGAUUGCCUUUGUCCGGCUCGAUACGAGAGUAGGCGCAGAAGAAAUUAUUGAUCGUUUGCACGGCCGAGUCGUGAGGGGAUGGAACGACAACGGUUGCCGUAUUUCCGUCAGAUUUGCCGAUACAAAUGAGCAGCGUGAGCUAAGGAGGUCUGAACGACUAAAUCGUGGUGAGGAAGAACUAAGCAACGGACACCAACUCUCAAUGGCACAUGCUGCCCUGCUGAACCUCCGCGGCGCUGAAGCUCAAGCCCAGCUAGGAAACGCUACGCUCCGCCAGCACAUGCACGUUGCUAAUCUCGAUCACCGCCCUCCCGUCACUCUUUCGAGUGUUCAAUCAGCUGAUACUACGAGUACAGAGUCGAAUGGAGCCAAUACCGAUUCCUUUCAACGACUGAAUAUCCUCCAUCACUCUUCCCAUGCGCUCGGAAACAUACAGCCUGAUAUUGUUCGCACUGCUCAGUACUAUCACCGUACACCUGCACUAUCUCACCAGUCUCAGGCUGUUCCGUUGGAUAAUGCAACUUCGGCAAUGACCUUGCUAAACGGAAGCACUGGUCUGUUUGACGCAAAUCAAUUCGCUCUCCUUCAGCAACAGACACAGUUGCAGCAACUCCAACUCCUGAAGCAAAUGCAAUCUAUGGGCUUCGAUCCGACUUUUGCCAUUGACGACCGUAGUCUCAAUCGAAGCCGUCCUCUGAUGCCAUCUGCUGAUAUAACGACGAAUGAAGUAGAUGGAACACGCGCGCAAGCCGCUACAUCUCAACUGACGUCCUGCCAGACAGCACAUCGACGGAAUGAUUCUAAUCCUCAUACUCAGCAGCACACGGGUUCUUACAGUAAAGGUGGUAUCCCUAAUUUCCCGAGCCCUGUACUGCAACACGCCACUCGAAAUGGGCGUUAUAUGGAGCACGGCAGCAAUAAUGACCAGCUAGCAGGGAAACAACACCAGUACCCCCUGAAUCACAGUCCGCUAUCAGAAGGCCUAGUCAGCAAUUUCGACCACCAUCGAGGUCCCGCAGUUGAGGAAAGUGAAGUGACGCUUAUUUCACCCGCUCUAACAUAUGCCUCCCGUACACCAUCCACUCUCAGUCCGGCUACACCGCUCUUCAAUGCAUUUGGAACACCCGCGUCUGUCCCGGCUACUGUCCCCCGUGGAAAAGCGAACCCGUUGCGCAAAGACGGCGGUCCCCUUUAUGCAUACGUCCAAGGGCACCGCGGAGCGCUCAUGGGUGUACCGUUGUGCGCACUGCACGGGCGAUUCGCACGAACACUAGGACUCUAUCAGAUCGAUGACCUCUGGAUAGGGUUUGCGAGGAGGCAAAUUCGGACGACGAUCAGUAAUGAGACAGGAGAUCAAACUUGCUCCUCCGACCAGAGAAGACGCGCCUCGAUGACGCUGGACCCGGUCUUAUACUACGAUUAUCUGCUGACGUUUGGAGAGGAGGUCCGAUUUUUUUGGCGUCGCAGAGCCAAUUCCGUCACUGUCCUCUUCUUCCUCAAUCGAUACUUAUCAAUAUUUGGCAACAUCCCUGUCAUCCUUCAGAGCUUUAGGAGUUGGUCACAUACACCUGCAGAGGUUUCACCAAUUUUUCUCGAUCAUUGUUCAAGUCAUUGUUGGGAUCAUUCUCAUCCUCCGUACAUAUGCGCUCUACGAACGAAACCUCGUCAUCGCUCUUAUCAUGGCAACCUUCGCACUCAUAGUAAUUUGCAUCGGUAUUUGGGCUAUUGUGGGAAAGGCACCAGCAAUCAAAGAACCCUUUGACUUGUCAUUUACACUCGGAUGCCAUCCGCUACUCUCAAGCCAGGAGGGGACUCAUCUUUCAGUUGCCUGGGGCGGUCUCCUGCUCUUUGACUCCUGUAUCUUCACGCUCACGCUCUACAAGGCUAUCGCGAUCUGGAAGCUUGGAACUCGGAGGCUCUUCCACGUCCUCGUCCGUGAUGGAACAAUUUACUACUUGUGAGGAACUGCAGAUCCCGCUUUCUUUUCGACUGGAGACACUAAUGCCACGAACUCUCGCCCAUUGAUCUUCUCUGUCUUUUUAUGAUUUUCCUUUACUGUAUUGUCUUCGCCUUUUUGCUCUGAUGUUGCUUAUUUGUCUGCCCCUAUUCGUGCCCAUACCUAUUGACAUCCUUGCUUGGAACAGAGUUCUAGCUAUGGCGAAUCUGUCAAACAUACUUACAUUUGUGUUAGGGGAGCCCCUUAUUCGAGGUGUCAGCACCACGUUUGCCAAUGCGAUAUCGGUAACGAUGCUCUCACGUCUCAUGCUCAACUUGCAAAAUCCACUGCUCUUCGAGCCCAACUGGAAGUCACGGUCACGGGCGCAAGGAGAUACUAUCGGAACAGGAACGUAUGUCGGACCAUUUGUCACGACAAUUAUCGAUCGAGAUGGCACAACCGUCAGUGAGAGGCGCUUUGAUUCCGGAACUGGGUCUGGAACUACUGGGACGGACUCCAGCAGAAGUGGAGUAUGGACGGAAGAGGUGUGGGCUGGGGAUGGGGAAGCCGAGCUCGAGACGGAGCUAUAUUCGCGUCCCCCUCGUGCCUUGUGGUACGAUCGCGCAUGGGUAUCUGGGAGUGCGUCGGCUACGGCAACUCGAACCGGGUCUGGUACACGGGGUCAUGUAGAUGAGAUAGUGGAGGAAGUUGAGCUUUCUCCAACGCUCGGAGCUAGACACCACGUGUAGAGUUGAGCUAGGGCAGUCGAAGUGCCGGUGGCUCCAUCGAGGCACUCAUCGGCACGAUUGGCACAACGUAUUUAUGGCUUCGUUUCCGGCUUCCGAUCUCCGGUUCAAAAUCUACAAAGUCAAGAAAAAAUGCAUUGUAAUAUCAAGGCAAACAUUGUGGUCGUUGUUUUUUUCCUUAUGUACGCUUUACCAUGACUUGAUGCCCACGUAAUAUUGUCUUUUUAUCAUCGAUCACUGUAGCCUUUCUAGUGCUUCUGACCUUGCUGGACAAUUUAUCUCCUCAAUUUCUUCCUUCUUCAUACACAGUUCCUCCUGGCUAUGCCCGCAACACCGCUAUACUCGCUAUACUUAAUUCUUAUACAGUCGUUUUUGUCUCGUCUUCCCGUAUAUAAUGUAUUUCAUCGGAUGAAUAGAACAUACUC